AGUGACGCAAGGGGCAGGUCGACUAGAAGGGUUCGGGUAAAAAUGGCUGAAUAUUUAGCUUCCAUAUUCGGGACUGAGAAGGACAAGGUUAACUGCUCUUUUUACUUUAAGAUCGGGGCCUGCCGGCACGGGGACCGGUGCUCCCGGCUUCACAACAAACCGACGUUCAGCCAGGAGGUGUUCACGGAACUGCAGGAGAAGUAUGGGGAGAUUGAAGAGAUGAAUGUGUGUGACAACCUGGGAGACCAUCUUGUGGGGAACGUCUAUGUCAAGUUCCGGCGAGAGGAAGAUGCAGAACGGGCGGUGACGGAACUUAAUAACCGCUGGUUUAACGGGCAGGCUGUGCAUGCGGAGCUGUCUCCAGUCACUGACUUCCGGGAGUCAUGCUGUCGACAGUAUGAGAUGGGGGAAUGCACGCGUGGUGGCUUCUGCAACUUUAUGCACCUGCGACCCAUCUCCCGGAACCUCCGGAGGCAGCUCUAUGGGCGGGGACCUCGGCGCAGGUCGCCCCCAAGGUCCCAUACUGGCCAUCGUCCCCGAGAAAGGAACCGACGGUAUUCCCCAGACCACCGACAUGGCCGCUUUUGA